AUGAGGCACGGAGAGGAGCAAGGGCAGCACAGGCACAGCCACCUUCCCCUGAUUGUCCCAGAAGGUUCCUGGAAGGAGGUCUACCGCGGGCUGGUGGAGCUGGAUCGCGAGUGGAAGGUUCCUCCGCAGCUUCCUCUGCAGGCCGUGGGGAGCUCGAGCGAGGAGGAGGGGUGGGGCGCCGAGUGGACUCUCCGAGACGACUUCUUCUGGUUCAGCCAGCCCUUCCCCCAGCUGCAGGAGGCGCGGGAGUCGCUCACCUUCCGCCUGGACCUGCCCCUCUGUCUCAUCACGGGGGUGGAAAUUGUUUCCGGGCAGGAUAUUUGGAAUGCUGUCUGCCCCAACUUUCUCCAGGUGACCGUUGCUCGCUCGCACUGCCCUGUCCCCCCCUCAUUGCACAGGCCUCCCCUCACACCACCACACAGCCCUUGCCACCUCCCCGCACACAAGUCCAAGUGGGGUUCUCCCCCUCCGCCUUCCCCUUCUCCUCCGCCUCCUUCCCCCUGCCCCCCGCCCCCAUCUCCCACCUGCUCCGCCUCCCCCCCUCCGCGCUCGCCCUGGGCAACCAUGUGCGCCUGCUGCUCUCAGGCUCCCCCUGGGGGAGAGGCUGGGCGGAAGGCGGAGGGAUCAUGUGGGGGAACGGCGAAGGGGAGGGCUAUGAAAGGGGCUGGGGGGAAGGGGGUGCCGGAAGGGGGAGUAAGGGGAGGGGGAAGAGUGGCGAGGGGGAAGGUACAUGUGAAGUUACCUGCAGUCGUGGCGGCAUCAGUGGAGCUCAACGCACCUCCCCCUCCCCCCCGGUUCUGCAUAGAACGAGUGCGCGUCUUUGGCAUUCCCCUGGGGGCCCUUCCCCCUCAGAAUACCCUGCAGGCUGCUCUGGUGCAGUAUGCGGUGGGGAGGGAUGGAGGGGAGUUGGACGCGGUGAUGCGGAGUGCGGUGGGUAGGGGUGUGCGGGCGUUGGGGAGUGUGGAGGGGGUGGUGAGGGCGCUGGGGGAGAACCUGGUGGAUGCUUUCGCCUCCGAUGAGUGA